GAAUUCUUCGCGAAGUUCGACCUACAUUGAAGCCAAGCCAUUUUUGAGCCAUUUCAGGCUUUGCCCAAACUACGCUAGCUUUCUCUCUUCACCACCAAACUGAAAGUAGAUGGAACCAAAAUCCCUUUUGUGACUUUGGAUAUCUCUCACAGACUCUCACGGAGUGGUUACUUAAGUCGGAGCAAUAAACUCCCUGGAGGCAAAUGGGCAUGGUUUCAAUACCAGCAUUCUCAGCUGUACAGUCAGUCUCUAUACCCAGAGAUUAUCAUUCGUUUGCGGUUGUGAACUCUUUGAAGGCCAAGGGGAAGAGUUGUCAACUAGAAUUGCUUAGUAAUACCAGUGUCUUGAAAGCAUAUAGUAUAUGGAGUGGUGGCAGCUUUAGCUCCUCUGACAAGCAUUCAAAGUUGAGGACCUUUUUGGUCAAGUCAAACCAAGCAUCUUCGUUACAGUCUCGUGUGGGAACAUGGGAAGGUCCUGAUGAUGGCAGUGGGACUGAAUCUGAGGAGGAGGAGGAGGAGGAAGAAGAAGAACAUGACUUGGGUUUCCAAAGCGAAUGGGAAGAAGAUGAAGAAAAGCGGGCUCCAGCUGCUAAUGCUGGUGAUGUUCAGAAGUCCACAACAAAUGAGUUAGAAGAGCAACUUGUGAAAGAGGUGGAACAGCUCUUGGAGGUAGAAGAAAGAGCAAUUUUGCAACAGCAUGCAGCUCCCAACAUGGAGAAAUUAUCAACUGCAAAAUGGAGUCCACUACAUACUCUUUCACUAUCUGGGCUAGUUACUUUCAUGGAUAAGCUACUUGAAGAUGGUGUAGAUAUUAAUCGUUUUGAUAAUGAUGGUGUAACCGCUCUUCAUACUGCAAUCAUAGGCAAAAAAGAAGCUGUUAUUAGUCAUCUUCUAAGAAAAGGUGCAAGUCCUCAUGUCAGAGAUCGGGAUGGCGCUGCACCACUUCAUUAUGCAAUACACGUAGGCACCAAGCGAAUUGUGAAGUUAUUGAUCAAAUACAAAGUUGAUGUCAACAUUGCAGAUAAUGAUGGAUGGACGCCAUUGCAUGUUGCCGUGCAAAGUAGAAAUAGAGAUAUUGUGAAACUUUUGUUAGUGAAUGGUGCAGAUAAGAGUAGAAGAAAUAAGGAUGGCAGAACUCCCAUAGAUCUGGGCUUGUGUUAUGGGAAAGACUUCAAGUCCUAUGACCUCACCAAGUUACUGAAGACAGUACCAAUGGACAGAGAUUUUUGAGUCCAAAAUUUAGACAAUUUUAAAAGCCGAUGAAAAUUUGGUUGCCUGUCUUUAGUAUUUGGUGCAACUAUGUUUACAGUUCCUGCAUCCAAGAUGGCUUUAUGAAAUAAUUUGCUCCAACUUCCUCUCAUUGUCUAGACCAAGGGAAACUAAAAAUAGGUGGGUGAAAUAUUUAUGGAGGGAGAGAUAUGUCAUGAAGCAAAUUGGUUGAAUGCAGAGCAAAAAGAGUUAUCUACAUCUCAAUAUAGUGUACAGACUACAGAUGAUACAAAUAUGCUGGAUGCGCUGCUUGACAUCCAUUAAUUUCUGGGUUAAUCUGUUUGAUAGUAUGUAGUUUGUUAGUGUAAUGUAUCCCGGUCCUGCGGAAUUAACCACAGUUUUGUACUGAUAAGCUAUAUACCAGUAUGUUUGCUUUAUCAAAAGCAUAUGUAUCGUGUUGGGGUUUGAUAUUGAUAACACAAGUAUUCCAGCCUUUAGUGCAGCGGACUACUUUGGGAGAUUGUUGUUGCCAUGACUCGACAGUGUAAUAUAUUGUUCGGGGUGAUUGGAUUGGCUCAAGUAUUAUCAUGGUUUCCUGUUUCCAGUCUAUGCAGACUAGGAUAUUGUUUGAUGAUGCAUUCAGCAGCAGUCUUCAUAUAUUCCAGAUUGUUAUAGGAAAAAGAAAAUCCAAGACAGAUUUCUGAUUGAAUGUUAAUUUAAUCAUUUGAAAUAUUCAUCUUUGGCAAAAA